UGCGCAGAAGAAAACUGCUUUCAGAUGUUCUUUUUAGCAGGACUCUCCCUCUUCCUCCUCCUCCUGCUGUUGGACCACUUGGAUGUGAGCUCCCAGUGCAUUCAUGUAUUGCACGUGAUCCGAGCUAAAGUUGUGGGGAAGAAGCUCAUGAAAGAUGGACCAUUUGGAACGAUGAGAUACACAGUCAAGCAGAUGAAGAUGUACAGGGGCUUCCAGAUAAUGCCACACGUUCAGUACAUCUACACAGAAGCGUCUGAGAGUCUUUGUGGAGUCAAGCUGGAGGUCAACAAGUACCAAUAUCUGAUUACAGGCCGCGUGUAUGAAGGGAAGGUGUACACUGGCCUUUGCAAUUGGUAUGAGAAAUGGGACCGGCUGACUCUGUCCCAGCGUAAAGGACUGAAUCAUCGUUAUCAUCUGGGCUGUGGAUGCAAGAUUAGGCCCUGCUACUAUUUGCCCUGCUUUGCCACCUCCAAGAAUGAGUGUAUUUGGAUGGACAUGCUCUCCAACUUUGGCCACUCAGGAUACCAAGCGAAGCACUAUGCCUGCAUCCAGAGGGCGGAAGGUUACUGCAGCUGGUAUAGAGGAUGGGCGCCUCCAGACAAAACAAUAAUCAAUGCCACAGAUCCCUGAGCACGCUAUCCCUUCCUUAUCUCCCCUCUCCCUUACUUGUGGCUGAUCUUCCUUUGGACACUAACUCUUUACCAGAUCAUGAUGAUGACAAUGAAAUUAGUGCCUGUUUUCAUGCAAAUUUUAGCACUUCGAACACUUAAAAAAGAAAAGGAAAAAAAAAGGAAAGAAAAGAAAAAAAGUCUGUGCUACCUUACUGAAAUUGUAAUCACCUUUUCCAUUUUUUGAUACCACUUAUUUUGAUCAGAUGACAUUUGGGAGCUUACUUUUGCACACCAGAGGGAAAAAUGGGAGGGAAAAAAAAAAGAAAAAAAAAAGGAAAAAAGAUGGAGCUCUUGCUCUCUUACACGUAUCAUUAGCUGUAGCAA